AUGUCGGCGAAAGCAUUAAAGGCACUCAAAGCCAAACGAACCGCAAUAAAGGCGCAGUGCACGCGCGCGCGGAACGCCAUAGACACCAUAGAUCCACAAGCAGUGGAUAUUGCAUACGUAAAGCAGCGAAAGGAGAAAUUCACCACUUACUGGUGUCAAUUCAAUGAAUUGCAACUGCAAAUUGUCGAGCUUUUGGAGCUUUCGAAUGAUUUGGAAAACGUCGACCAACUCAAGAUCGAAGAAGAAACUGAAUGUGCGAACUUCGAAGAAGGUUAUUUCUGCACUGCCGGUAAGAUUGACGCUCUGUUAGCCUCUUCGUGCAACCUUGCAACCGCGAGUGCAUCGCGCGAUCAAGGUUAUGUGCAUGACAUCAGUCAAGUUCAUUUACCGAAAAUUGCAAUACCUAAAUUCAGUGGUAAUUACGAGGAUUGGUAUCCCUUUUACAACACGUUUGAAUCUAUGAUUCACUUGAAUCCAAAACUAACAAACAUUCAGCGUUUCCACUACCUAAUCUCCUCGCUCGAGGGUGAUGCCGCGCACGUUAUCAAGUCAAUACAGAUCACUUCUGAUAAUUACCGCGAGGCUUUAGAAUUAUUGAAACAACGAUUCGACGACAAAUCUAUCAUUUCCCAAGAACACAUCAAGUCGUUAUUCAAUCUGCCUGUUGUCCCAAAAAGAGAUCAUGUAGCAUUGAGAAAGUUAGUGGAUGACGUGCUGCGUCAUUUACACGCCCUGACUAGCUUGGGCAGGCCAGCUGAUCAGUGGGACGACCUCAUUAUCCAUCUAAUCAUUACAAAAUUAGAUUCAAAUCUCAUUAGUGACUGGAAGGAUCACGUCUUGCCAGGUGAGUUGCCCACACUAAGGCAGCUCACCGAUUUUCUGUCACAAAAAUGCAAAACAAUAGCAAUCGUAUCCAGCAAGAUCGUCAAUGACACAAUGACGUCGAAUUCACGUAAACCUAAUAAAAGCUCUAGUUCUCAUGUAUCCGCCUCUACUGUCUGUUGCGCUUAUUGUAAAGAAAAACAUCACAUUUUUCAAUGUCCAAAUUUCUUAAAGUUGUCAUGUGAAGACAGGAUCAAACAAGCCAGAGUCAGACGACUAUGUCUCAACUGCCUGCGUUCCGCCUCUCAUCAAGCCAAGGAUUGUAGGUCGUCUACAUGUCAAACGUGCAGUAAGAAGCACAACACACUGUUGCACAUACAGGAGAAAUCGCAGGCGGACACACAAUCUACAAAUCAACUUAGUCAAGCAAGCAAUUCGGGCACCGUCGUUUUAGCGCAUCAUGUCACUCCAGAUAAGUACCAACAGGUUAUAUUAUCCACAGCAGUCGUCAAUGUUUAUGAUCAACACGGCAAUACGCAUACUUGUCGAAUAUUACUGGAUUCAGGAUCUCAAUCCAACUUUAUUACCAAUAGUCUUGCCAAUGAGCUCAAGCUCGCUCGGACCCGAGCUAACAUGUCUGUCACAGGGAUAGAUAAGUCUCAAACACACUCUAAUCAUACAGUUAACGUAAAAUUCAAAUCCGUUCAUACAUCAUUUUCGCAAAACAUUGAAUGUCAUGUGCUAAACAGUAUCACAGGAAAACUACCUCCGGUGCACGUCAAUCUCAACAAUUUCAAGAUACCGAGCAACAUACGAUUAGCUGAUCCCCAUUUCCACAUACCGGGCUCCAUAGAUAUGCUUAUAGGCGCUGAGAUGUUUUGGCAACUGUUAUGCGUGGGACAAAUACGCAUCCACCAGAACCUACCUAUACUACAAAGGACCCAGCUCGGCUGGAUCGUCGAUGGCAAGACAUACAAUGAUGGUCCGGUAGGGUCCGAGGUCUGUACCUUGUCAACUAAUCAACAGAUCAACCAAGCAGUGAACAAGUUCUGGGAAAUGGAGUUCAUCACCAAUAAAAUGUCUUUCAAUCCUGACGAAAGAAAUUGCAUGGAGCGCUUCGCCGAGACUACUACAAGGAAUGCAGGCGGACGUUUCAUCGUGCAAAUGCCUGUCAAGGAGGCCAAGUUACGACAACUUGGUGAAUCUCGCAAUACAGCAUUGAACAGAUUCCUCAGUUUGGAACGCAAAUUACACAAGCAACCAAGGCUGAAGGAGCAAUACGUACUCUUCAUGAACGAAUACUUAGCUCUGGGUCAUAUGGAACGCAUCACCAUCGAACAAGAAAUGGCACUCACUCCGCGCUACUAUAUCCCUCAUCACGCUGUAUUAAAGGGCAGCAGCCUAACCACUAAGUUGCGUGUGGUGUUCGAUGCGUCGUGUAAAAGCAGCACCGGCAUUUCGCUCAAUGAGUGCCUCUCAGUAGGACCCAUUCUGCAAGAAGAUCUGUUCUCGAUCUUACUACGCUUUCGUACCUUCCAGUAUGUCAUUACGGCUGACAUUACCCAAAUGUAUCAUCAAAUAUUAAUAGACGAAUCGCAAACACCGCUUCAAACAAUUCUCUGGCGUACUGAUUCAAGCGAAAAGAUAGCAGCAUUUGAAUUGAAAACUGUGACAUACGGCACAGCAUGUGCAUCCUUUCUGGCCGUGAGAGCUAUGCAGGAGUUAGCCAACACAUACGCCUCAACCUACUCAGUGGGUUCGAGCGCUAUCAUCAAUGACUUCUAUGUCGAUGACUUAUUGUCAGGAGCCAAUACUGAGCAAGAAAUUAGAGUCCUACGGAAUGAAACCAUCAAGAUACUAAACUCGGGAGGUUUCCAUCUCAGAAAAUGGGCGUCCAAUUGCCCUAAGCUAUUAGAGGACGUACCUCAUGCCGACAUCUGCGAGCCCAUUCACUUCAUUAACACAAACGAAGAGGUGUCUACGUUGGGCAUGCUUUGGAACACAAAAACCGACGAUCUUCAAUAUCAUAUCAAUCCCUCUGAUCACACCAGGAUAACCAAACGGAGCAUGUUGUCUGUGCUAUCAAGAAUAUUUGAUCCUCUAGGACUUUUAGGUCCUAUAACGCUUGCAGCCAAGAUUCUUAUAUAG